AUGAAUGCCACCAGGACUUGGGUGAUUGACAAGCCUAACAUCCCAAGGACCCCAGUUGGGUUUAAGAGAAAGCUGGUUCUUAGAAGGGACUUCUCUAAACUGGACCCUCAUUAUGUGACUCCAACGGGGAAGAAAGUUAGGUCAGUGGAGGUUUUAGUUGCGACUGUUUUUAAUGGUGCCAAUUUUAUUCGCUGGAGCAGAAAUGUAAAACGUGCUUUGAUAGCUAAAAACAAGGAAGGAUUCAUCAAUGGUGAAAUACUAAAACCUGCUGAAAAUCAUAAAGAUUAUCCUAAGUUGAAACUAGCUGAUUAUAUGGUUGUUAGCUGGAUUUUAAGUUCUACGAACACUGAGUUGGCUGAUGAUUUUGGAUAUAUUACCACUGCUGUGGAUUUAUGGCGUGAGUUAACUGAAAGGUUUGGACAAUCUAAUGGUCCAUUAAUCUUUCAGUUAAAGAAAGAAAUUGAUAAUCUCACUCAAGAAAAUAUGAUUAUUGUCACAUAUUAUGGCAAAUUAAAGAAGUUGUGGGAUGAAAUGCAGAACUUGAGAUCUUUUCCUUCAUGUAAUUGUGGUGCUUUGAGCAAGUGUAGUUGUUUGUUUUUGAAAAAGAUAACUGAAUUUGAAGAAGAAGACAAGAUGAUGAAAUUCUUGUUAGGCUUGAAUGGAGGAUUUGAUAGUACUGUGACUAAUGUAUUGUCAAUGGAUCCUCUGCCUAGCAUAAAUAGAGUUUUCUCUAUCACUCAACAGAUAGAAAAACAAAAGGAGAUGAGUAAUCUUGUUGUGGAGAGUAGUGCUAUAAGUAGUAGUGCAAUGGCUGCUCAGUCUUAUAGUACUAGACAGUUUCCUAAAUCCCAUAAUGGAAUUGGGAAAGGAAGGAAGGAUUUGAGAGAUUUCAAGAAGGAUAAAAUGCACAAAUUGUGUAAUCAUUGCAAAGGGAAAGGACAUACUGCUGAUCAAUGUUUUAAACUCAUUGGUUACCCUGAUUGGUACAAUUCAAUUAAGGCUUCUAAAGGAUAUCAGGUUAAUGGAAGUAUUAGGUUAAUGGAAGUAUCAGGUUAA